CAUAUCAAAGUGAACUUGGAUUCGAGAAGAAAAUAGGGAACGUCAUGUCCAACAUUGUAAUCAUCAUUGCCUCUGCUCUGCUUGCAGUCAUUGGAUCAACAACUGCCCUGCAUUGGUCAUAUUAUCAUCAACCUCACCACCCAACUUAUUAUUGCAAUGGCCAACCGUACUAUGGUGAGAAUAACAUUUGCUGCGGUACGCAAGUAGGCUCUACACUUGGUUUGAAGUAUCCUGCUUGUUGUGGAGAUGCAGUAUUUGACAGAGAUGCUAAAGUAUGUUGCAGCGGUGCACUCAUUGCUAAAUCACAAACUGUAAAUGGAUGUUGCAAUGCGGUAGGUAUAGAUAUAUCCACUCAAGAGUGUUGUAUUAAUGGACCUCUUCCCAGAGUGAAUAAUGUAUGUUGUGGUGGAGCAGCCAUGGCAAGAGUAUCAAUAUAUGAUGUUUGUUGCGGUACAGCUAGAAUGAAUAAGGCUACGCAACUUUGCUGUAAUGGUGCUAUAAAAACAAUUUCUGAUACUUUUCCAACAGGAAGUAAUCUUAUACCAAACACGUAUGCUUGUUGUGGAACUUCAAUCUUCGACACGCGUACUAACAACUGUUUCAACAAACAAGUAUAUUCACGACCGAAUCUUCUCCCAUGGUGGCAGACAAGUCAUCAUCAUCACCACUGAUUUCACUGAUUGGUAAUUGAUAUGAAAAAAUAAACUUUUGAAGCAUGUAAGAAUAAA